AGUAAGCAGGGCUGGGGUAUAAAUGUGUCACUGUCUACUUUACAGAGGAAAACAGUUGAGGAUGGGACAGACUGCAACCUUGCCCAGCAGAAGCGGAUGCACUUACGUCACACAGCUCUAUGAGUGGUUUAGGAAGUUCUUAAACGAGUGCCCCAGCGGCCUGAUCACUCUCCAUGAAUUCAGACGCCAUUUCUGCAAUGGAACUGUCGGAACAGAGUCUGCAGAAUACGCAGAGCAGAUAUUCCGCACACUGGACAACAACGAGGAUGGAGUUGUUGACUUCCGAGAGUAUGCGACAGCCAUCAGUAUGCUGAUAGAAGGCUCAUCAGUAGAGAAAUUACGAUGGUCAUUCCGGCUCUAUGACAAGGACAAGGAUGGAGCCAUAACACGAUCAGAAAUGCUUGAGAUCAUGCAGGCUGUGUACAAGAUGAGUGUUGCAGCCUCCCUGACCAAACCUAAUUCACUGACUGCUGAGGAAUGCACCAACAGGAUAUUCGUACGACUGGACAAAGACAACAAUGCCAUCAUCAGUCUGGAGGAGUUCAUUGAGGGAGCGCUGGAUGAUGAAUGGAUAAGAGAGAUGCUAGAAUGUGACCCCAACACGGUGAAGGUGGAAAAAUCCCUUAAGGGCAAUUCAGUAGUCUAGAGCUUUGAGUUCAUUGAAGGAUGAAAGAUGUCAUAUGUACUAGUGCACUGGAAAGUAGUUCUAUGUAUGUAGGAUAUAAAAUGUAAAAUUGUGUGCACGCUAAUCAAGUUCUAUAAUAAAAGUGGAGUGUUUUAUGAGUAACUUGAAGUUUAAGCAUUUUGAGCUCAUCAUUGAUAUUAGACAUUAUUAUUUACAUCAGAAAAAUAGGACAGUGCAUUGCUCCGGCUUUUUAUAACAGCAUUGCUACUGAACUAACUGACUAGUGCUUGCUUCCUCAGCCUUAUUACAGUCGUCUUGCAGCAUGAAGUUGUGACGCUGUGUAAUCACUAUGUUUUCAGUUGACACUCUAUAUAACUUUGGUAACUUGAUUGAAAAAUGUUUCAAACAUGCUGUUAAACGUUUAAAUUAUAUAUUUUGCAGUACCUUUUACCUGUGAUUGUAAUGUUCCUAAACAAUUAGAAUAGGCUGCAUUGAUUUUCAGACCGAGUGUUAUCGUUUCCACUGUUUAGGAUGCCUUAGAAGGAUUCCCUGCUUGACAAUACAAAAGAUGUCUCACUGUUAAAUAUGCCUUUUAACCAAAAAUAAACAGUUUAAU